GUCGCAGAGAGACCUCGUCGCUCCCCGUAGCCCGCCGCUGUCAUGGCCGCUGCGGUGAUCGUCGCUGCUGUUGUCGGCGGCGGUGUUCUUCUCCUCGUGCGCCGUUUGUUCCCGCGACAGAAAGCUGCACAGCUUCUCCGGUAUCCAGCCGAUAUGAUGCGAGGGAAGACGGUCAUCGUGACCGGGGCGAACUGCGGGAUCGGGAAGGCCCUGGCCGGGGAGCUGCUGAAGCUCCGUGCCCGGGUCAUCAUGGCCUGUCGGGACCAGCGGAGCGCCGAGGAGGCGGCGAAGGACAUCCAGAGACUCGCGGGACCAGAGCAGGGGGAGCUGGUCGUCAAACACCUGGACCUCGCUUCUCUUGGAUCAGUCCGGACCUUCUGUGAGGAAAUUCUACAGGAGGAAUCCAGGAUUGACGUGCUCAUCAACAAUGCAGGGCUCUACCAGUGUCCCUACUCAAAGACAGAGGAUGGUUUUGAGAUGCAGCUCGGCGUGAAUCACCUGGGUCACUUCCUCCUCACGCACCUCCUGCUGGACCGCCUGAAGACCUCGGCUCCCAGCCGCAUCGUUGUGGUUUCCUCGAAGCUCUACAAGCACGGCCACAUCAACUUCGAUGACCUGAAUAGUGAAAGUAAAUACGACAAGGCCUUCUGCUACAGUCAGAGUAAGUUGGCCAACUUGCUGUUCACGCUCGAAUUGGCUCGCCAGCUGGAGGGCACGGGGGUCACGGUCAACGCGCUCACCCCGGGCAUCGUGAGGACCAGCCUGGGAAGGCAUGUUCAAAUCCCUCUCCUGGCAAAGCCGCUGUUCCACCUCGCCUCGCUGAUCUUUUUUAAGAGUCCACUGGAGGGGGCCCAGACUCCUCUCUAUCUGGCCUGCUCCCCUGAGGUGGAGGGAGUGUCGGGGAAGUGUUUCGCUAACUGUGAGGAGGAGGAGCUGAUGGCCAAAGCCACGGACGACCAGGCAGCCAAGAAGCUGUGGGACCUGAGCAGCGCGCUGGUUGGACUCGCUCACUGAGCAGAGCGCUAUGACGUGGUGGAUGGUUUGUAUUCUUGGUCAGAGUAGCAGCUCUGCAGGAGACGGCCUGUGAAAAGACUUAUUCCCACCUUGUGAAUCAAAUCAAUAAUUCAAUGAUAUAUGGUGCCAAUGAAAUGUGUAAAUUUGUGAGCGAACGUGUGCAAUGCAGUGGGUUGAGCCGAACAUGUAUAAAGCUUUGAAUAAAAACAUAUAUAGUUCAAACAGA